AUGUCUCUCUCCAACAAGCUGUCGAUCGAGGACGUCGACCUCAAGGGCAAGCGCGCCCUCAUCCGCGUCGACUUCAACGUCCCACUCGAUGAGAACAAGAACGUUACCAACCCGCAGCGCAUCGCCGGUGCGAUUCCAACCAUCAAAUAUGCCAUUGACCACGGCGCCAAGGCCGUGAUCCUCAUGUCCCACCUGGGCCGGCCAAACGGCAGCCCAAACGAGAAGUACUCCCUCAAGCCAGUUGUUCCCGAGCUCGAGAAGCUUUUGGGCAAGAAGGUCACCUUCGCCCCCGAUUGCGUUGGCCCGCAGGUCGAGGAGAUCGUCUCCAAGGCGGAUAACGGCGAUGUGAUCCUGCUGGAGAACCUGCGCUUCCACAUUGAGGAGGAGGGCAAGGGCGUCGAUAAGGAUGGCAACAAGACCAAGGCCGACAAGGCCAAGGUUGACGAGUUUCGAAAGGGGCUCACGAAGCUCGGAGACGUCUUUAUCAAUGACGCCUUUGGCACCGCUCACCGUGCCCACUCCUCCAUGGUUGGCGUCGAGCUGCCCCAGAAGGCGGCGGGCUUCCUGAUGAAGAAGGAGCUGGACUACUUUGCCAAGGCGCUCGAGAACCCCAAGCGGCCGUUCCUGGCCAUCCUGGGCGGCGCCAAGGUCAGCGACAAGAUCCAGUUGAUCGAGAACCUGCUGGACAAGGUCAACACGUUGGUCAUCUGCGGCGGCAUGGCCUUCACGUUCAAGAAGACGCUCGACAACAUGUCGAUCGGCAACUCGCUCUUCGACGAGGCCGGCUCCAAGACGGUCGCCAAGCUGAUGGAGAAGGCCAAGGCCAACAACGUCAAGGUGGUCCUGCCGGUCGACUACGUCACGGCGGACAAGUUCGACAAGGACGCAAAGACGGGCACGGCCACGGACAAGGAGGGCAUCCCCGACGGCUGGAUGGGCCUCGACUGCGGUCCCGAGUCGAUCAAGCUGGCCAAGCAGGCGAUCGACGAGUCGCAGACGAUCCUGUGGAACGGGCCCCCCGGCGUGUUCGAGUUUGAAAAGUUCGCCAACGGCACCAAGCAGACGCUCGACGCGGCGGUCGCGGCGGCGCAGGCGGGCAGGAUCGUCAUCAUCGGCGGCGGCGACACCGCCACCGUGGCGGCCAAGUACGGCGUCGAGGACAAGCUCAGCCACGUCUCGACCGGCGGCGGCGCCAGCCUCGAGCUGCUCGAGGGCAAGGAGCUGCCCGGCGUUGUGGCCCUGAGCCAGCGUAAGUAG